CUGUCAAAGCAAUCUAGUACCUCUUUUCCGACCAGCCCGUUCUUUUUGAUCCGCCAUUCUGUCAAAGUUGUUGUUCGUCAGAUUUGCUCUGAACUAAAAAACAUCAAAAAUGGAGAACGACGCCGGAGAAUUCGUUGAUCUGUACUGCCCACGGAAGUGCUCUUCCAGCAACAGAAUCAUCCACGCCAAGGAUCACGCCUCCAUCCAGAUCAACAUCGUCGAUGUCCACCCCCAGACGGGCCGUAUGCUGGAGACCUCGAAGGUGUACGCCAUCUGCGGUGAGAUCCGCCGGAUGGGAGAGUCGGACGAUUGCAUCGUGCGUCUCGCCAAGAAGGACGACCUGCUGGCCAAGAAUUACUAAUUUUGGAUGGUUAAUCUAAGGUUUAAUCAAUAAAAAAGGUGAUUUAAAAUCAAA